AUUUAUGACUACGACAAACGGAUAACACACAUAUCCUUUAUCUGCAAUCACGACCCGACGGCCGCAGAACAGGGCGCCUACUCUACGGGUGCCGAUGAGAUUGUACUCUAUUUGGAUCCCAAGAGAAUGGCCAACAAAUUUGACCCGCAAAACGUCAGCCUCUGUUCGCUCAGUAUAUUUCACUCAUCCGAGUUAUGCGGUGUUCCCGAACGACCACUCAAUAGUCUCGUUCAAGUGGUCAAUCAGGUGGCCAUCUAUUCCUGUGUUGACGGUUACGAACUGAUCGGCCCAAAACGUAUACCAUGUCUGGGUAAUGGCCAGUGGGCACGUGAAUUCCCCGUAUGUCGACUAAAACACAGCCACUGCCCGCAAGUAGUGGACAAAUUUGGCAUAUUUUCCACUUACCAUAACAGAGCGCCCGACGGCUCCAUAAUGUACGGCACAAUAGUGACGGCCCGAUGCGCGACAACCCUAUACGGCAUUACCGGUCGACCAUUGCUGGUGUCGUCG